ACUUUUUAUAUUUUUACACUUUUAUAUUUGUUACACAUUUUUCUGUUACACAUUUUCUUUUUUUACUCUUUCCUCUUUUAUGUAAGACAGUCGUAAAAAGCAUUUCACUACAUGUCGUACUGUGUAUGAUUUCGUAUGUGACAAAUAACUGUUAUCAGGGGUGUGUUUGUAUGUUUGUCAUACAGAGAGAAAGGGUUGCAACAGGGUAAUUAUUAAAUGGUGCUAAACCUAUUAUUAAAUAGUACUUAUCUGCCUAAAUUUUAUACACAUUUAUUACUUUCGAUUGGAACUCUGCUGAAUGUGGUGGGUGUGACAACAUUGAGUCACCUGUGAUUUUUAAUGUGUGAAGAAUACAGGGCCUGAUAUGAUCUUCUGCUAUUGGAGCCCAUAUGGCUCAUUUCUACAUUCUCAGUUAUAUGAAUUAACCUAGUGUUCCUCAACCUCUUUCAUCAACAAGCUCCUGACUUAGGGCUGCUGCUGACUGGAUGUUUUGUUUUUCUAUGUAAAAUCUAGAGAAAAUCUCAGGGAAUUGGUUUCUGAAAUACACUGUCACUGAGAUCAUGCAGAACAGAAGCACAACUGUGCAUAUAUUCAGUCACUCUGUCAAAGCAUCUUAAAACUCACAUACACUCAUUCUCAGUGGACUUGAUAAUUUGCAGCUGAAAAAUCUUAAAUAGAAAGAAAGAACCGAAUCAAACUGUUUGUGGCAUGUAAUAUAGAAAUAUUUCAUUUCUAUACUAGAGGAAAGAAUAUACAGUAUAGUAUAGAGGAUAUACAGUAGGCUGUAGGAUGGUGUUUUCAGGGUGAAUGACAUUUGUAUGUAAAAUAGUUUUCAUCUUGGUGUUAUUUCAUAGUGUUAAUGUCUACGUAAUUGUUGUAACUAAUGUAGAAAAUACUAAUAAAACAAGCGAAGAGGUGCAAACUGUGGCACCAAUGUGGUUAAUAUCUAGGCCUGGAAGCCAUUUGCAUAUUUAAAUUAAUACCACUGAAAGGCAGAUGUUAUAUUUUUGUAAGCCAAUUUCUGCCAUAUUUCUGCCAUAAACAAAAUCAAUAGUUUACAUUCCUGAAAACAAGGUCUUAAUAUUUAAAAUAGCAAAUGAAUUUUUGUACUAAUUAAAAAGCAAUAACUUCAUGAUCAACCUCAAACAUUCAUAAGCUUCAAAUAAAAUAAUUAAAACAUAUUUCAUUAUUUUAAACACAUUCAUAAACCCAGACCCUACACUUACUACGUUGUUGUUUCGGCUGCUCCCUAUGUGUGUGAGGGGUCGCCACAGCGGACCAACUGGUCUGCACAACAACUUGGCACAGGUUUUACGCCGGAUGCCCUUCCUGAUGCAACCCUCCCAUUUUAUCCGGGCUGAGGACCGGCACUGCAUCCAGUGGCUGGGAAUCAAACCCAGGCCUUCCGCAUGGUAGGCGAGAAACCUACCACUGAGCCACCAGCACCCUCUACACUUACUACAUUAUGUAGCCAAAAUAUUUUUUGCUUAUGGACAGGUUUAGUCGGUACAUUUUAUAAAUUCAGUCAGGAGUCAGAUGUCUGUGACAUGGCUAUAUAGGCUUCAAUAUUUACAGAGAUGUUAAAACAAGGAAAUACUGAAACUCAUAAGAGGGUUAAUGUGAAUAUUUAUGUUAUUAUAUUUAAUGUCAAUAUAUAAUAAUUGUACCAUUUUCACUCAUUAUCCUUUAAUCAUCAAGUGAACUUGAAUUAUUUUCACUUUCUAUUUUCAUGAAAUGCCUCCAUUUGUAAGAAUGCAGAAAAAGAAAAUAGCCCAGGGGGAGGAGCCUCCAAUGGAUGCUAUAAAACUGGCAGUACUGAAAGCUGCAGUAGAUCUGUGCAACCAUAAACCUAAGUAUUUUUUUUUUUUCAAAUUACAUUUUCCAGUGCAAAAAUUGAUUAUAUUACAAAAGGAUCUCUCAAAUUGACCUCAUAAAGAAGAGAUAUACACUAUAUUGCCAAAAGUAUUCGCUCACCCAUCCAAAUAAUCAGAAUCAGGUGUUCCAAUCACUUCCAUGGCCACAGGUGUAUAAAAUCAAGCACCUAGGCAUGCAGACUGUUUUUACAAACAUUUGUGAAAGAAUGGGUCGCUCUCAGGAGCUCAGUGAAUUCCAGCGUGGAACUGUGAUAGGAUGCCACCUGUGCAACAAAUCCAGUCGUGAAAUUUCCUCGCUCCUAAAUAUUCCACAGUCAACUGUCAGCUGUAUUAUAAGAACGUGGAAGUGUUUGGGAACAACAGCAACUCAGCCACGAAGUGGUAGGCCACGUAAACUGACGGAGUGGGGUCAGCGGAUGCUGAGGUGCAUAGUUUGAAGAGGUCGCCAACUUUCUGCAGAGUCAAUCGCUACAGACCUCCAAACUUCAUGUGGCCUUCAGAUUAGCUCAAGAACAGUGUGCAGAGAGCUUCAUGGAAUGGGUUUCCAUGGCCGAGCAGCUGCAUCCAAGCCAUACAUCACCAAGUGCAAUGCAAAGUGUCGGAUGCAGUGGUGUAAAGCACGCCGCCACUGGACUCUAGAGCAGUGGAGACGCAUUCUCUGGAGUGACGAAUCGCGCUUCUCCAUCUGGCAAUCUGAUGGACGGGUCUGGGUUUGGUGGUUGCCAGGAGAACGGUACUUGUCUGACUGCAUUGUGCCAAGUGUAAAGUUUGGUGGAGGGGGGAUUAUGGUGUGGGGUUGUUUUCAGGAGCUGGGCUUGGCCCCUUAGUUCCAGUGAAAGGAACUCUGAAUGCUUCAGCAUACCAAGACAUUUUGGACAAUUCCAUGCUCCCAACUUUGUGGGAACAGUUUGGAGCUGGCCCCUUCCUCUUCCAACAUGACUGUGCACCAGUGCACAAAGCAAGGUCCAUAAAGACAUGGAUGACAGAGUCUGGUGUGGAUGAACUUGACUGGCCUGCACAGAGUCCUGACCUCAACCCGAUAGAACACCUUUGGGAUGAAUUAGAGCGGAGACUGAGAGCCAGGCCUUCUCGUCCAACAUCAGUGUGUGACCUCACAAAUGCGCUUCUGGAAGAAUGGUCAAAAAUUCCCAUAAACACACUCCUAAACCUUGUGGACAGCCUUCCCAGAAGAGUUGAAGCUGUUAUAGCUGCAAAGGGUGGACCGACGUCAUAUUGAACCCUAUGGAUUAGGAAUGGGAUGUCACUUAAGUUCAUAUGCGAGUCAAGGCAGGUGAGCGAAUACUUUUGGCAAUAUAGUGUAUAUUAAUUUCAGUUAGAUUAUUAUUAUUUUUUUAUCAGGAUUUUUUAACAGAAUUAAAUUCAGUUGGAUGAAAUGGGAGGAGGAGAAUCCAAAUUACCUCCACAACCCGAAUUUGACAAACCAUGGAGGACCAUGCCUUGGGAGAAAAAAGACACUUUAGUAGAGAAACUCUACUAGAAAUGAAAGUCUACUAGAGAAAUGAAAUUUAAGCUGUGCACUCCUGAUGUUAAAUAUGUCAGGAUUCUGGUCAUUGGACUAGUUGGAGCAGGAAAGUCCAGCUUUAUAAAUUCAGUCAAUAAUGCUUUCCAAGAGAAAAUCACCUCUGGAGCAGUUGCUGGUACAUGUGGAACAAGUUUCACAAAAGCUUUUACCUGAUGGUGUUGUUGUUGCUGAGGACACACCCCAGUGGGUGUGUGGAUGUAAUUUGAAGAAUGAGUCACACACUGAAGAUAUAAAUGUUUAUCAGUAGGAACAGUGUUGACCACAGACUCCCAUCAUCAGAUCUGUUUAAUUUAAUUUUGAUAACAUGGGAGGUUUAAAGUCCAUACCUUCUAGUGAUACACAACCCUCAGAACUAAAUAAUGAAUUUGAUAAGGAAUGGAGGAAAAUGCCUUGGGGAAAAAACUGUGAGAUUGAACAGAAACUGAGGGACUUCAAGCUCAAACACCCAAGUGUUCGGUUUGUCAGGAUUCUGCUUAUCGGUGAUGCUGGAGCAGGAAAGUCCAGCUUUAUAAACUCAGUCAAUAAUGUUUUCCAAAAACGAAUCACAUCUGAUGCUCUUACUAAUACAACCGGUGGAAAGAGUUUUACAAAAACUUACCAAACCUAUUACAUUGAAGGAAAGGAUGGAUCCCAUUUGCCUUUUGCAUUCAAUGAUGUCAUGGGGCUUGAAGAAAGAGAAUCUGGUGCAAGUUCACACGACAUCAUCAAAGCCUUAAGUGGCUUACUUCAGGAUGGAUUCAAUUUUGAUCUUACAUCAUCUAAGUCUAUGAAGGAUCCUGGCUACAGAAACAACCCAAGUCUUGAGGAUGAACCCUGUUGCCUGGUCAACAUUAUUGAUGCAAACUCCAUAUCAAGGAUGGAAAUUGGGGUCAUUAAUAAGAUGAACAAAAUCCGUGAGGCAGCUUCAAAACUGAACAUGCGUCAAGUAAUCAUCAUGACAAAACCAGAUUUAGCAUGUCCACUGGUUCACCAGGACAUAAGGAAGAUCUACACCAGCAAGAAGAUCAAAGAGAAGAUGCAGGAGUGUAGUAAUCUGCUGGGGAUUCCUAUGAAUCACGUCUUCCCUGUGAAGAACUACCAUGAGGAGAUAGACCCAGAUGAUGACAUGGAUCUUCUGAUUCUCAAGGCACUUGAUCAGAUUGUGCACAUCGCUGCUGACAAGUUUAAGGAACAAUCCUUUAAAUCUGGUGACAAACCUGAGUAAAGUCUCAGAUCUCAAUGUCUCAAUAAGAUUAGUAUGACACAAAGUGCUUCAGUAAACAUUUAAAAAUAUAUAUUAGGAUUACAGCUAUUACUAAAUGGAGAAAGGUACCAAGUGUGUAUUGCUAAAAUAUGUGUAAUCUUCUAUCUUUAUGAAUUAUAUUAGAUUAUGCUACUUUACUUAAAGUUAAAAUAAGAUUUCUUUAAGGUUUCACUAAUGUUAAUAACCCAUAAAUGUAACAGUCUGAGUCACGUGAACUCAGUUUUCAAACCUGCAGUCUUGCUGAUCACCCAUUGGAUAAUCAGAAAAACAGGUAUAUUGCAUUGCAUUUUUAUAUCUUUUUGCAGCAUAAAACAUAAAAUAUAUGUAAAAAUAUAUGUAAAGUAGAUGGCUGAAAUAAACAACAUAUUGUCUACUUUUGAGGAUUUUUUAAGAUUUUAGCUGAUUACUAAUUGUCUAUACUAAAUGAAUAAAAUGUACCUUAGGUGUUAAAACCCUUUCAGUAAAUAAAGGUGUUUCACGAGGUUUGGAAAAAUGUCAGGAAAUGUAUUUAAAUAUUUAAAAAGUUAAUUAUCUUGUUAAAUUAUAUAAUGCCUAAUAUAUAGUUACUGAGAGAUUGUAACUGAAAAGCCUAAAUAUACAAGGACUUACUGUGGAAUACUGCUCUUAUUUUGUGAAUAAAUU